GAGAUUCACCAGAACCAUCCAGAAUGGAAAAUGUCCCAGGAGACUACAGCAAACGCGUGUAUCAAGGCGUGAGAGUGAAGCACACGGUCAAAGACCUACUGGCAGAAAAACGAUCCAGGCAGACAAGUAACUCAAGAUUUAACAGUGGAGUCAGCAGCCCCCAGCCUCCAUUUGCCCAGAUGCCGGGCUCACCGGUAAUGUCAGGUUACUAUGGUGUCAGAAGAUCUUUCCUCUCCGACUCAGACUUCCACAACACGAAACAGUUUGCAAACGACGUCUGCACCGCGAGCCCCGCAAAGCCCUUUCCCUGUGAGUCCCCCGCGGGGCAGAGCCACCCGGCCCUCCUGGAUUCCUACUUCCCGGAGCCCUACGCCGACCACCGGCCCCCGCCGGGCCUGACCCCCAGCACCGGCUCUCUGUUCAGCGCCUCGCCCCUGCAGCCACUCCUGCCCCCGCCCUUUCCCGGGGACCCCACGCCCUUCGUGCUUAGGGACUCAUGGGAGCAAACGGUGCCCGACGGUCUCGGCCAGGCAGACCCGGUGCCCGCCGACUCGCUGCAGCCCUUGCCGCCCAGCACGGGAUGCCUCUCCCAGCUGGAGUCCGGGACCAGCGCUCAGCACAGGAGCUGCAGCUGGGGCCCCCCGCUAGUGGGGCCUCAGUCCUACUCCCUGCACUCGCUGGAGGAUCUUUACCACGUGCCAGGGUACCCCACCCCACCCCCGUAUCCCUUCACCCCUUUCAUGACCGUGUCCAACGACCUACCACACAAGGUGGUGCCCCUCACCCCGGAGGAGGCGGCCGACACCCCCGCCCUCCAGGACCCUUCUCCGUGGGCCAAGGAAGAUGGGAGCUUGGCCUGGGGGGCAUAUGAGGGUCGCAGAGCUUACUGAAGGGAGCGCCAGAGGACUUGGCUGGGUCUUUCUCUGAGGUGGGGUCUGCAUUUCACGGGCUGUUUGCAGUGUGGUCGCUGUUCAUUCAGAGCAGGCCAUGUCAUGCUGCCUUUGUCAACGGGCCUCGGGAUUCACUUGUAACCCUCCCUGCCACAGUCCCAUAAAACGCAACGUGCGUUAAUUCGGGACGUCAGGGACCGAAUUCUAGUGAGACACCAGGGAGUCGUGUCUUUUUGGAACUUUAGUAACGCAGUACAU